CACCCGGGGUCCUUCAGUGUGGGCUGUGAGAGCGGUGCAGUCUCCUUCAGCUCGCCCUCCAACCGGUGACGCCUCCCUCUGCCGUGCAGUGUGAACAAGAUCUGCAAUAAAGUCACUUUCGUGCGCACUUAGCUCAAUUUAUAUCAGACACAAUGGCAGUGCCUCCUGCAUAUGCUGACCUGGGCAAGGCUGCCAAGGACAUCUUCAACAAAGGCUAUGGCUUUGGUUUGGUGAAACUUGAUGUCAAGACAAAGUCAGCAAGUGGAGUGGAAUUCAAAACAUCUGGUUCCUCUAACACUGAUACCAGCAAAGUGGCUGGCACCCUGGAAACAAAAUACAAGAGGGCAGAAUAUGGUUUGACCUUCACUGAGAAAUGGAACACUGACAACACUUUGGGGACGGAAAUCACAAUUGAAGAUCAGAUUGCCAAGGGACUGAAGUUAACUUUUGACACCACCUUUGCACCAAACACCGGCAAAAAGAGUGGCAAAGUGAAGACUGCAUACAAGCGCGAAUAUGUGAACCUGGGCUGUGACGUAGACUUUGACUUUGCUGGUCCCACCAUCCACGGCGCAGCAGUCGUCGGCUAUGAGGGCUGGUUAGCUGGUUACCAAAUGACCUUCGAUACCGCCAAAUCCAAAAUGAGCCAGAACAACUUUGCCAUUGGUUACAAGACAGGGGACUUCCAGCUGCACACCAAUGUGAAUGAUGGAGCAGAGUUUGGUGGCUCCAUCUAUCAGAAGGUUAAUGAUACUCUGGAGACAGCAGUCAGCCUGUCAUGGACCGCUGGAAGCAACAACACACGCUUUGGUAUUGCUGCCAAAUACCAGCUGGACAAGGAUGCCUCUAUCAACGCUAAAGUGAACAACAGUAGUCUGGUUGGUGUUGGCUACACCCAGUCUCUCAGACCAGGUGUGAAGCUCACCCUGUCGGCUCUGGUGGAUGGAAAGAACAUCAACGCUGGAGGACAUAAACUGGGGCUGGGCCUGGAGCUGGAAGCCUAAACUGACACAUGCUGAAAGGGACGAAGGAAUAUCAGAAUCUGGCCUUAAGUAUGUCUAACUUCAACCAGCAAGAGAUCACGAAGAGGAGGGUUCAAGGCUAUAGCUCUAACCAUGUGUACUAUUUACUUAAGUUGAUCUCCUUACCCCUCUGUUUUUACCUUUUUAGAUGAAUUGUCAGUUUAUAUUAUUUAUGAAUCACGUAACUGUGUUUGUCCAGCACUGCCAUAAACUCAAUACAUAAGUUUACCUGUCGUCUCAUUUAUUGGUAUCUUCAACCACUCCAUUUUGUUUGUUUAUACAAUCCGUUGUCUGCAACCAUGACAUCUGAUAUUCCUGUGUCUCUCCACAGCAUUUAUCCAGUAUGUUAUUACUUUGCCCUUGUCUUUGUGUACACUAAAGCUCUGUAGUGUUCUGUUUGAAUCAGCCACAGGGGCACGCUAUGCUCCACUCUGGCCUCUUUCCUCAAACUAGAUGGUUUUGAGGUUUAGCUUUAAGCUUAGUCAGAAGGUCAGUGAGAAAUCUUGGCUGGCCAAGCAGAACUGUUCUUUCACCAAGUGGGAAUAAGUCAUUGUACACAGCAAUGCCAAAUGUUUGUAAAGGGAGUCAAAUGCUGCUUCUAAGUUUCUGUACUGGGCGCAAUCACGCCCACACCGGUAUCUUGGAGGUCCUUCUGUUUUAAGAUUUCAAUAAAGUCUUGAAAUUCAACAA